UUCAGGAUGAAGGCGACACGCGAGCUCUUUUUUCGUGAACAAAUUAUAGCAAACCUCCGCUUCCUGUUCGGCAAAGACGUCGACGUCUUAACGUGCAAGCUAGCCGGUGGGAGCAGAGUGAUUGCCAUUGCAUACAAACGGGGCACCUACGAUGAGCGAGUAAAAGUCAUGCAAGCAUCCAGCGCUAGCGAGGAACUCGCGCUGCGAAAGUUACUCGAUUCAUCGUCAAAAUGCCUUCGGGACUGCCUUGGCGAUCAGGCGGUUUAUGAGGAUCUGGCCAUUUGCCAUAUAAGCUUGCCCCACUCCGUGGAGGCAACGAGCGAUAGUAAUCAAACUACGCUGCCCGACGAUACUGUGGCCCAUGAUGAGCAAGUUCUUAGAGAUGCAAGUGAUAUUAAAGCGGCAGCUGACAUAUUUACAGAGAAAAAUAUCGACGAAGCAGAACUAGAACGAAAGUUGUUAACCCCGCAGAAUUCGGAAUUGUGUCACGGGGAACAGGAAGACUAUUCACUCCUCGUGCAUAUCAAAUACCCGUUGCAGCAUUCUAUGGGGGCAUUGAGAACCAUCAGACAUCCCUCCCGUCAAGGGUUACUACAAGUGAUUCUUCAAAUUCUAGCUGGAUACGUGUUCUCCAAUCCCAUCUGGCCUAUGCAGACUUUGCUCGUAAAGAAGGGUGAUUACGCAUUUGAUAUCCUCGGUUACGCACACGACUAUAUUGGAAAUUUAUUUGAUGAAAUCCUCAGCUCAGAAAAGCUUAUAAAGGUUGAUUGUGUUUAUGCUAUGGAAUCCGUCAGCCCGAUCUCACACUAA